CCUCCCCCCCCUCCCCGACUUCUCUCGAUUAUUCUUCCACUCUUCUUCGUUCCGUACUCUAACCUUACCUACACUCCUUAAUUGGGUCCGUUAAGACUCGUCCGCCCUCAGGCUCCAAACAUCUGCAAAACUUUACUCUGCUUUCCCGAUACUCAUUCUCACCUUCUUCACUUAUUCACAUUUGCCUUUUAAAUACACCAUAAUGCGUUGGGUCACUCUCCUUGCCGCGGCGGCCACGCUGAUUGGCGCUUCGUCUGCCGCUGUCGAGACCAUCACCAUGAAGGACAGACACUUCUACACCUCGUCCGGAAAGCCCUUCUUCAUCCGUGGAGUCGACUACCAGCCCGGAGGAUCCGCCGAUUUUGAGAAGGGCCACGACCCCCUGUCGGACAUCAACACCUGCGCGCGUGAUAUCUACAUGUUCCAGCAGCUGGGCAUCAACACGAUCCGUGUGUACUCGGUCGACCCAUCGCUGGACCACGACGAGUGCAUGACGCUGCUCGCGCAGGCUGGCAUCUACCUGGUUCUCGAUGUCAACUCGCCGCUGCAGAACGAGCACUUGAACAACCAGGAGCCGUGGACUACUUACACCCCGAUGUACCUCGAGCACAUCUUCUCGGUCAUCGAGGUGUUCUCCGGUUACGCCAACACUCUCGCUUUCUUGGCUGGUAACGAGGUCGUCUUCGAGAAGGUCUCGGCCAAGACGACCCCCAACUACCUCAAGGCUAUCGUCCGUGACAUGAAAGGUUACAUUGAGCGCCACGUCAGCCGUGUCAUCCCCGUUGGAUACUCCAACGCCGACGACUUGGACUUCCGUAUCUCGCUCGCCAAGUACCUCGAGUGCGGUUCCGAGGGAUACAUCGACUUCUUCGGUGUCAAUUCCUACCAGUGGUGUGGCCACAAUACCUUCGAGGGCUCCGGCUACGACAAGCUCGUUGAGGACUACACCGACUACUCUCUCCCGGUAUUCUUCACCGAGUUCGGCUGCAACGAGUCGCCUCCGCGCCAGUGGGAGGAGGUCGACGCGCUGUACUCCGACAAGAUGACCGGUGUCUUCUCCGGAGGUCUCGUGUACGAGUACACUCAGGAGGCGAACAACUACGGAAUCGUCGACGUGGCGAAGAACGGGCAGGUGAAGUCACGCACUGACUUCAUCGCGCUGCAGAAGGCAUACGCCAAGGCGCCGUCGGACGUCAAGCUGCCCAAGGGCGCGACGGCGCCCAAGCGCCCCGCGAAGUGCCCCGCCGAGGACGACCCCAUCUUCGAGAACAUCACGGCGAACAUGACGCUGCCGUGGACGCUCGGCGAGGACAUGAUCAAGAACGGCGUUGCGGACCUGGUCCAGCGCGGCAAGUUCGUGACCGUCUCCCAGCGCGCCACCGAGUACGGCAUCAUCAUCGGCGGAAAGACCAUCUCCGACAAGGAGGUCGAGAUCACCACUAAGACCUCAGACCAGAAGGCGCUUGCGGCUGGCGGCCACGGCGAGAAGACCGGUGGCUGGAAUGGAAACACCCCCGCGGAUGCUGCUGCCUCCGCCGAUGAGGCUGAGUCCGCCGCUGCUGCCACCCCCGUUCGCGGCGCUAUGUUUGUCGGCUCCUUGUCGGCCGUCGCGCUCGCGUUCGGUCUGUUCUUGUAGAUGCGGUGCGUGCUUAGUGUGUAAUUGUGCCGGACGGUGGCUUCUUUUGGGUGUUCAUAUUUUGUGUAUACAUAAGCUUUUUGGUGUUUUUUCUCUUUAGAGGGCAAUGUGGUUUUUCUUUCUUUUUUUAUUUGUCGUUUCGAGCUUUUUUUUUUACUUCUUCAGUUUCAAUACCAGAGCGGGGCGUUAAAUACCCUGAGAUUUUUCGUGCGAGAUUUUGUCGUCUGUCGGUGAAGGGUGUGAAGUAAACGUUCCAUCUGUUUUGAUUUUUCUUGUGUUGCGUGGUGGUGGUGAUGCUGGUGGAAGGGUGAAUGGAGAUUCGAGAAAGUAAUUGAGUGUUGUGUUGUAUCGAUGAAGUGUUGUAUCACAGCCUGCCGUACCGUAUGUAAACUCAGUGACGGUG